CUGCCAAUACAUAGGAUUGCUUCGUACCUACUAAUUAGUUGAGAGUUUUGUUGGUAUUGUUACUUAUUUCAAUUCUUGGUCAAGCAAUAUCACCUUGAUUCUGCAACGUUGACCAAUUUUCAUUCAUUAAAAUAUGCUCCGGAAAAUUUAUACCUGGCCUGCAAAGAGGCGCCUUAAUGUUAAGAGGAAAGCUUCAAAAACCGUGUCAGUGCAAAUGAAUAAGCGCCAAGAGCUUCCAAUUUCUUCACAAAAGAAGUGUAACCCAGCCGCAAGAAAGCAUUCAUUUACGAAACCUAAGUCACGGCAAUUACGAAAAGCGCCCAUCCUGAAAUCUCAGAGUUCUACAAACGAAAGUUUGUUAGAUGAUGCAGAUACUCAGGUGAAUAAGGAUUGCUAUCACCAAUAUCCACCACAUAUAAAAACCUAUCAUAGCUGUAUAGAUUAUCCAAACAUUUCACCUACAUCGUGUAUUCCCAGUCCCAAUUCGGAGCCCGUUAACAAUCAAGAGUUACAUUACAAUUGUCAAACUUUCCAUACUAUAUCAGAAAAUGACCAUAUAAUACCUGAAUUACAAGGUACUUCCAAAACGGGACCUCCAGUAGACAUUACAUCAAACCAUUGUGUACCUGUAGAAUCAGACUCGAACGUUGCACUUAUUGAGUGUCCUGAACAAUAUUUUUUCUCGAAGUUGAUGAAUAAUUCAAUCCAGCAAGUCAAUCCUCUUAAUGAUAUGGAAUCUAAUUUAUUCAAUGAAGUUGGACAUGUCGGUGAAGAUGAAACGGCACAACAUUCAGGUGAAGAAAGAGAACCGACUUAUUUAUCAUCUUCCACAAGAAUUGUCCACGGAAAUCUCAACAAUAGAAGAAUGUGAUGACACAAACUUCGAGGAGAUUGAUGCAUAUGCCUUCAUACGCAGCCUUCCACCAUUACCUUCUGAUGUUGUUUGUCGUCCAUCUGCAUUACCGAAAAGAACUCGUUCCUCUCCUGAAUUUUGCUUAGUCCUUGAUUUGGAUGAGACUUUAGUUCAAUGUAGUUUAAAUCCUCUUUUGGACGCUCAGUUCAUCUUCGAAGUCGUUUACCAGGGCGUAGUGUAUAUAGUGUAUGUUCGAAUUCGACCACAUUUGUAUGAAUUUCUUUCAAGUGUAUCUGAAUUUUUUGAGGUUGUACUUUUUACAGCUAGUACAAAAGUAUACACUGAUCGUCUCGUCAAUUUAAUUGACCCUAAUAAGAAGUGGAUCAAGCAUAGACUAUUUCGUGAACAUUGCUUUUGUGUGAAUGGUAACUACGUGAAAGAUCUACGUGUUCUUGGUCGAGACCUUCGCAAAAAUGUGAUUAUUGAUAAUUCACCACAGGCAUUUGGAUAUCAGUUAGACAAUGGCGUUCCAAUCGAAAGCUGGUUUGUUGGUUCUAAUGACAGUGAACUAUUGAAGCUAAUCCCAUUCUUGAAAGAAAUUACAAAAGCAGAUGACGUGAGACCAUUAAUUGUUGAUCGUUUCCAGUUACAUGAAAAAGUUUUGGCAGCUCCAUCCCUUCCUCCGCCUACUUCAGAAUCACCAUCAUCCUCAGCAUCGUCAUCAUCUGAUGUUCAAAAUUGAUGUGUGUUUAAUUCUUCAACAAUCACGAUGGUUUAAAAUUUAUUCAGCACACACAUACACACUCACACACACAGAAGAAAGUAGUUCUAUACUUUAAUUAUGUUUUAUGAGCAUCACAUCAAUAAUUUCUUUCCUGAUUUAAUACAUUUUUUUAAAAAAAAUAUCACUGCUUUUUUACACAUAGUUAUCAUCAUUAUUG